AUGAGAGAUACAAAUCGAUACACCAGAUACCUGGAUCUUAAGGUAUCCUUUGUAAUCAUCCGAGAAAAAUAUAAAAAUAAAUGCGUGAUACAACGAAAACAGCCACAAAAUGAUCCAGAAACAGCCCGACCGAAAGAAAACAAAGAUUGCAAAAUCAAAAACGAUUGGAAAUCGGAACUGAACUCAGCUAAAAAGGUUAUCCCAGAACAAACGAACGAGCCGCAGGAUCGCCCACGCCCAUGCCACGCUAAGUCAUGCAACACGGUUCCUUCAGCAGGAACGGUGCAUCCAACUGCGACAAGAUGGGCCAGGAUCGAAUGA